AUGCCGAUCCCCGUCCCCAAAUCCGAUAGCCUAGUGGACCUCCUCAGCCUCAAGGGCAAGGUUGUGGUCGUCACCGGAGCUUCAGGGCCCCGCGGAAUGGGCAUUGAAGCAGCUCGUGGGUGCGCUGAAAUGGGUGCCGACGUGGCCAUCACGUACUCUUCUCGUGCAGAGGGCGGAGAAAGGAACGCCAAGGAGCUUCAAGAGAACUACGGCGUGAAGGCGAAGGCCUACAAAUGCGAUGUCGGAAACUGGGACAGUGUCAAGGGCUUUGUCGAUACAGUGGUCAAGGACUUUGGAAAGAUCGAUGCUUUCAUCGCUAAUGCGGGCCGCACGGCAAGCAGUGGCGUCCUUGACGGCUCGGUCCAGGACUGGGAGGAGGUGAUCCAGACGGACUUGACAGGCACUUUCCACUGCGCCAAGGCCGUCGGUGCUCAUUUCAAGAAGCGUGGCACCGGCAGUUUCGUCAUUACCUCGUCCAUGUCUGGCCUCAUCGCCAACUUCCCUCAGGAGCAGACAUCUUACAACGUCGCAAAAGCAGGCUGCAUCCACAUGGCGCGUUCGCUGGCCAAUGAGUGGCGCGACUUUGCUCGUGUCAACAGUAUCUCUCCUGGCUACAUCGAUACGGGCUUGUCGGACUUUGUUGAGAAAGACAUUCAGGAUCUCUGGCUUUCUAUGAUUCCGAUGGGCCGUAAUGGUCAGGCUAAGGAGCUCAAGGGUGCCUACGUGUAUCUGUGCAGUGAUGCAAGCACCUACAUGACCGGUAACGAUAUGCGCAUUGAUGGAGGAUAUUGUGUUCGGUAA